UGUCAAGCAGCAGAUGCAACACACAAGUCAGAGGAGAGGCGGAAAAAUUGCACAAUUCUGUGGGAAAAACAAUCAAUUGGCGUGCAUAACAGCAGCAUAGAGACUCGCGGAGGCGUGCACAAGUGUUUGUGGUGCAAUUGAAGUGCUGCUGAGGUGGGAAAAGCGUGCAAAGGGAAAUAUGCUGCCAUUCACAUCUCCCAUCGUGAAGCGAUUGCUGGUGUGGAAAAAGGGCAAUGAAAACUCCGUGGAGGAGGGAAAAUGGGCCGAGAAGGCGGUGAAGAGUCUGGUGAAGAAGCUAAAGAAGGCCGAUGCUCUGGAGGAGCUGGAGAAAGCCAUCUCCACGCAGAAUUACAACACCAAGUGCAUCACGAUUCCGAGGAGUCGACCGCUGAAUGGCGAGAACGGGAUUACGCCACGCAAAGGGCUGCCGCAUGUAAUCUACUGCAGAUUGUGGCGCUGGCCGGACUUGCAGAGCCAGAAUGAACUGAGACCGCUGGACCACUGUGAAUAUGCGUAUCACCUGAAGAAGGACGAGGUGUGCAUCAAUCCGUAUCACUACACGAAAGUGGAGACGCUGUCGAUUCUCGUGCCCAAGUCUCUGCCCAAUCAGGCUGCGGAUUCCAUCUGUCAGUAUCCACUGGAUGAUCUCAGCAACACGGUUCCGCACAACAUUCAGUUCACGAAUGCAUUGAGUUUGCAACACUCCACGUCAUAUAUGGACGCGACUCUGGGCCAGCAGAUUCCUGGAAAUACCAUGAUCGACUCGACGAGCUUGAGUGUGGGUAGCGUUGGGAGCAUCCCGAACACAGAGACGCCGCCGCCUGGCUACAUGUCUGAGGAUGGAGACCCAAUGGAUCAGAAUGAUAAUAUGAGUCUGUCGAGGAUAACGCCGAGUCCUCCGCUCGACGCUCAGCCUGUUCUCUACCACGAACCUGCUUUCUGGUGUUCCAUCAGCUACUAUGAAUUGAACACAAGAGUCGGUGAGACUUUCCACGCUUCGCAACCCUCAAUCACUGUCGAUGGCUUCACUGACCCGUCGAAUUCUGAGAGGUUCUGCUUGGGGUUGCUGUCCAAUGUCAAUCGCAACGAAGUGGUGGAACAGACAAGGCGACACAUUGGCAAAGGCGUUCGACUCUACUAUAUUGGAGGCGAAGUGUUUGCCGAGUGCUUAAGUGACUCCAGUAUUUUCGUGCAGAGUCCCAACUGCAAUCAGCGAUACGGCUGGCAUCCGGCGACUGUUUGCAAAAUCCCACCAGGUUGCAAUUUGAAGAUAUUCAACAAUCAGGAGUUUGCGUCGCUGCUGUCACAGUCAGUGUCACAGGGUUUUGAGGCGGUCUAUCAACUCACGCGAAUGUGCACGAUCAGGAUGUCCUUCGUGAAGGGAUGGGGAGCUGAGUACAGGAGACAAACUGUGACAUCGACGCCGUGCUGGAUUGAAUUGCAUUUGAACGGUCCUCUUCAGUGGCUGGAUCGCGUGCUCACGCAGAUGGGCUCUCCGCGAAUGCCCUGCAGUUCGAUGUCUUAAGCGUUGGCGUGCAGCAGGGAGAAGUUGGUGGAAAAGAGAAGAGAGAAAUUGUGUGCAUGGAAGGCGCGUGAGGACAGAAAUACCUUUAAUACCUUAUACUUUUACCACUAUUAAUCAACCAAAAGAAGAUGAUGAUAAUGAACUUGGAUGGAUGAAUGAGAGAUAUAACAUAUUUGAGCGGAGAGAAAGAGAGAUAUACCAUUGAAGAAAGAGCACAAUAUUGAAAGAAAAAAAAAGAAAGAUUUUUUGCUACAAAAGAGAGAAAAAAGAUGAAAAUGGAAGAGAGAGGAAAAUCAACAUACAAAUAUUGAUAAAGAUUUUAUCUUUUAAACAAUAUCUUAAGUUGUGUAUACAUAAUAAUGUUAAGAUAUUCAAAGAAAGUUAUAUUAGAGAUGAGAGAUCCAUAAAAUAUAUAUCAAUGAUAGGCGCGAUGAUGAUGACGUAGGAGAACAACUCUAUUUACCUCUUAAACUAAACAACAAAUAAACACAAAAGAUAAACAACACAAAAGUGAAGAGAGAGAAAUUAUCCCAAUAUAUUAAAAUUGUGUGAGAAGAAAGGUGAGAUUUUAGAGGAUGAAGACAACAAAGUAUAUUCUAUUAUAUGUAAUAAUUCAAUAUAUUUAAUAUAUAGUGAAGCAGAGUGGAGAUUAGUUGUUGCACUAAACGUCCGUGUAACGUUGUCAUCUCUUAGCGUGUGUGUGCGUGAAUGGGAAGGAAUUCGCAGAGAAUCUUGUCACAAAUGGUGUAAUGAGAAGAUGAGAAGGAAUUCUAAAGGCAUCUUGAGAACAAUGUACACAUAAAUGAAACUCUUACGAUACCUGUUUAAACUCAAUGGCAAAAAAAGAUGAAAAAUGAGAGAAGAAACCUAAAUGUCUCCUGAAUGUCUCCUUUUACGUGAGAUUUAACUGUAAAACUACUGUUGACCUGCAUCAAUUACAUGAGAAGAAAAAAAUAAGUUGAGAAAAAAGAGUGAAACCAACACAAAAAUGAAGAUAAAUACAUUUUAACAAGAGAAAUUGUGUGUUUGUGUAUAAAAGCAAAUAAUGAGAAGAUAAAGAAAUAUUUUAUAAUAAUUAUAAGAAAGAGAGAGAGAGAAAAAAAUAG